AUGACAGAUGCAAGUCCAACGGGGUUGGGUGCUGUACUCCUACAGGAAGAUUCACAGGGAAGAAGUCGUGUGAUUGCUUACGCCAGCAAAGCACUCACGGAGCUGGAAAAGAAGUACUUCCAAACAGAGCGGGAAGCUUUGUCGCUUGUUUGGGGCGUAGAAAAGUUUCGCUUAUAUCUGCUUGGAAUAAAAUUCACGUUGUUGAACGACUGCAAAGCGCUGAAAUUCCUGUUCAACCCCAAGUCUCGCCCUUGCGCUCGGAUCGAGAGGUGGGUUCUCAAGCUGCAGAACUACACAUACGAUGUUGAGUAUAUUCCAGGAUCUGCUAAUCUAGCAGACGUCUUCUCGCGGCUUUGCGAAUUACCACCAGAACCUUUUGAUGAAAAGGGAGAAAAGUGCAUUCAAAGCAUUGUAGCACAGUCUAUUCCAAAAGCGAUCACGUUGCAGGAAAUCAAGGAAGAAACGACAAAAGAUGAAGAACUUACGCAGAUAAUGGAAUGUCUUCGGUCCGGUAUAAUGGAUUGCAUGUUCAAGGAGUACAAACCUUAUGUGGACGAGCUUUGCAGUGCAGAAGGGGUUCUGUUAAGAGGCAAUCGACUGGUAGUUCCUACGAAGUUACGUGAACGAGUGCUGGCGGUGGCACACGAAGCGCAUCCGGGAAUGGCCGCAAUGAAGCGUCGUCUUCGCACGAAGGUCUGGUGGCCAGCGAUGGACAAACAGGUUGAGAUGAAUGUGAAGAAAUGUAAGGACUGCAUCCUAGUAUCUUCCUUGGGUCCACCGGAGCCAGUGAGAAGUACAACGAUGCCUGAUAAGCCAUGGACCGACAUAGCGGUUGACUUCAUGGGUCCGCUACCCACGGGACACACGCUUUUUGUGAUGGUGGACUACUUCAGUAGAUUUACUGAGGCUAUUGUCAUGAAGCAAAUAACGGCAAGGCGUACAGUUCAGGCGCUUCACGAAACGUUUAGUAGGUUUGGGAUUCCUGAAUCUAUCAGGUCUGAUAAUGGACCUCAGUUUGUAAGUGAGGAAAUGCGAGCAUAUUGUGAUGAAUACGGUAUUAUUCUACGGAAAACAACACCGUAUUGGCCGCAAGCAAACGGCGAAGUCGAGCGAGCGAACAAGACGAUUUUGAAACAUCUGAAAAUAAGCCAGCAAUCGUCGAGCGCAGACUGGAUGUGGGAUCUUAGGUCGUUUCUGCUUAUGUACAAUUCCACUCCACAUGCCACAACUGGGGUGGCUCCUUCUAUUUUGAUGUUCAAGCGUCUGUUGAGAGACAAGCUGCCAUGUUUUGGCGAGCAGGCUUCAUCAAAGGAAGAGGAGGAAGUAAUGGAUAGAGAUAGAGCGAGAAAGGAUAAGUAUGCGGAUUAUGCCAACUGCAGGCGACACGCUAAGGUAACAGAAAUAAGAGAAGGAGAUACUGUUGUAGUUAAACGAACAGUUAAAGACAAUAAACUGUCGACAACUUUCGCGCCUGAGGAAUACACAGUGAUCAAGCUUGUGGGGUCAGAUGAAAACCCUCCAUUCCAGGAUCAAUCAGCCAUGCUGCCACUCCGGGACAUGGACAUCACGAAUGAAUCAGAGGAAGCGGGACCGCAGGAAACACAAGCGGACCAGAGCACAAGCCGAUCAAUGCGGAUGUCGCGCAAACCAGCAUACCUCAAGGAUUACCAUACUGACGCAGUUUUCGACGUUUAA